GUCCUGCUUGUUUAAACCCAGAUACUCAACAAACUACCAUAGAUAUGGCGCUAAUUCCCCAUGAUGUGGGCCCACAGCAAGUGAAUGUAAACAACAACCAAGUACAAAUCAAAUGGAACGACGGCCAUUUGUCUUGCUUUGAUAGUUCAUGGUUGAAGGCAAACGCGUACGAUGGCUCGCAAACUCGUAAAAGAAAGUCUGGUUUGGGCUCCAUUGCUGAUGAAUCUAACAUGUUACUUUGGGACAAAGACAAAAUCACUUCAAAUCCUCCUCGUAAUUUUACUUUUGAUCAGCUUAAAAACGAUCCAAAAGUGCUUCCAAGUCUUUUGGAGAAUCUUCAUCGUUUUGGAUUUAUUUUCGUCGACGACACGCCUCUCGAUGAUGAAUGUGUUUCUGAAGUUUGUGAAUUAAUUGGUGGUUUCGUACAAGAAACGAUUUUUGGCCGCGUUUAUGUCCUUAGCAAUAGGACUUUAACGCACGCCGAUAUUGCAUACUUAAAUCCAGCCCUGAAUGCUCACACUGACCAAACUUACUUCGCAUGUCCUGUCGGAUUGCAAGCAAUGCACGUCACACACCACGAUGGAACUGGAGGAUUAAGCCUACUCGUCGAUGGCUUCAAGGCAGCAAAGGAUCUGUACAAAGAAGACCCAGAAGCCUACGAGAUUUUAACAAGUACACGUAUUCCAUUUGAAUAUAUAAGCAAGGGGCACGUUCUGCGUAACUAUCAUGUAAUCCUAGACGUUGAUCCUGGUACGAACGAACUGCUACAUUUGCGAUACAACAAUACACGAGUCGGUUCUUUGGCGCACCUUCCUUAUAAAAGAAUGGAGAAGUUUUAUCGUGCCAUACGGUCAUUUGGCUCUAUUCUUCAACGAGAGGAGAAUGAACUGUGGUUCAAGUUGACGCCCGGUAGAGUUAUCGUUAUGGAUAACAGGCGUGUUCUUCAUGGUAGAUCAGAAAUUACAGGAUCUCGUAAGCUAGUUGGAGGCUACGUGUGCAUUGAUAAUUACAUGGGAAGUUGGAGAGCUAUGAAAUUAUUAACAACAGACCAAUAGAAAAGCUAAGGUAUUCUACGUUUGCUAUCAUAAAAAGGGAUAUUAUUAUAUACAUAUACAACAAACAAUUAACAACAGACCAAUAGAAAAGCUAAGGUAUUCUACGUUUGCUAUCAUAAAAAGGGAUAAUUA